AUGCGCCAAGCAUCUCACCCACGAGAUCUUUCAACACUCGCCGACGUUCCCGCUUUCCAAGAUGCUAAGAUUCUAUUGUUAGGUGUACUUACACUUACCGCCCGAUUCCAUCCCGAAUUAAUCGCAUACCAUGCACCAGCGAAUUCCCCUCGGCCAAACGACCCAUUGGCUGCAAGCGAUUACUAUGCCACCGCUUUAACCUCGACCAUAUUCGGAGCUGGAGGCCGAGAUCUAAGCACCCCUACAACUGAACGGAUCCAGGCGCUCUUGAUGCUUGGUCUCUACGAGUGGGGUCAAACUAGAGGUCUUAGCGCUUGGGUUUACGUCGGUAUUGCGACUAGGCUAGCACAAGCAAUGGGUCUACCUUACGAGGAUGAUCCAUCAGCUAGAACUUUCAAGUCUGAGACCGUAGUCACUGCUAGUUCAUACAGACCCGAGGUGAACAAGCACCCAGCACGUGAUACUGCGAUCGAGAAGGAAGUGAGAAGACGUACUUUUUGGAGUUGUUUUAUCAUGGAUCGUAUGCUUUCCGCUGGAAAGGCCAGACCUACCAUGGUUGAGUCUGAGACUCUACGAGUACAAUUACCUUGUUCUGAUGAUCAAUUCUUAUUCACUCAAUCCGUUCAAACAGGUUACCUGAAUCGAGAUUUUGAGAAAGUUACCAUGACCAAUACCAACGUUCAAGAAGGUGGUGUGCUCAGCAGGUAUUGUCGUUUGGUAGAAAUUUGGGGUAAACUUUCAAAGUGGAGUCUUCACGGAGGUCGCCGAACGGAAACUUUGCCUCCAUGGGAUGAAUCCACACAGUUCUAUAAACUUUCCCAUGAAUUGGAAGAGUUCUAUAGUGGUUUACCGGAGAAUCUUAUCUUUUCCGAGGACAACUUAAAUGCACAUUUGGAAAAACGAAAUGCGACCACAUAUGCAAGUUUGCAUACACUCGUAUCUUUAUGUCGAAUCAUGCUUCACAGGGAAUACAUACCUUUCAUCCCUCUUCGGGCUGAUAAACCUUCUGGUCCUUUGGAUGAACCAACAUUCCCAAAAGACAAAUUCGAUAUACCAGAAGGAUUUUGGGAACAGAGUGCCGAUUCACUUUUCUCAUCGGCAAGGGACAUUGUUGAUAUCAUGAGGACUUGCCAGGACAAUAACGCUUUACCCGAAUCACCAUUGUUUGUUUUCGCCCUCUUCCAUGCAGCGUUUACCGGUGUUUACUCAGUCCAUUUCCCACAAAUGGAUCCAAAUGAUUAUAUGGGUGAAAGUCGAUCCGCCUUACCUAUCAAGAUCCUAAAAGAUAUGGUUCCGAGGUUGACCAUGGCAAGAGCUUACCACAAAAGGAUUGAGCUGAUGAUGAGAUAUUACAAGGCGGUAAAGAAUGAAUUCAGGAGGUAUAAGAAGGAUGUUUCAUGGAAAGGUGGCGGAUUAGAUGAGUGGAAGGGAUUCGAAAAAGAUUUGAAGGAAUUCGGUAGCCUUGAAGAUACUGCCGGAGGUGACUCUCAUUCCGAUGAUUAUCCAAACAACCGCUCUCGAUGUAGUACUAGCGACCUUGGUUCUACUACUACUAACCCUAAUCCUAAUGGCGAGCCAAUGCAAGGUGUUGAAGGAGCAGGAUCAAGACCACCUUCUAAUUGGGCACCAAUCAAUGCCUCAAAUAACACCAUUAUGGAGAUGCAACAAAGUACUGGUGCGCAAUACAUAGCAAACGGAGCUUAUCAACCAAGUCCCAAUCAAAAUUCCAAUUCACCUAACUUGAUUAGUCCAGGAAAUGGCGAAUCAGCAUCAAGUAUUAACUCUCCUUAUAGUAAUCAAGGACAAGCUCAAAAUUAUAGUCAACUUCAACAAAUGGGUCAUUAUCAUCCUCCAAUGGCUCAUCAACCUCAUAAUAUGGCACCCCCAGGUACUCAAACUGGAUGGAAUAGAGAUUCAGCUGCUUCACUCUUACCUUUCGAUGCAUGGAUUGAUGAUUUGGAAAGUAUUUCAAUGAAUACUCAUAACAUGGAAAACUUUACCCAAUCAUUUGGUGAUGCAGGUCAACCAUGGAAUGCUACACAAUUUGGAGCGACACCUCAAAAUAAUUGGGUUCAAGUUCUUGACAGACAUCCUGGUAAUUGGAAUUAA